AAGUUGGUAGAAGAGCUCACGACUUCAGGAGAACCCCAACUGAGUCCUGAGAAAAUGAAGGAACUGAAGAAAAUUUGCAAUCAGGUGGCUGCACCUGCAGGGGAGGCUGGGGGCUGUGGUGUCCCCUGGAGAUGUCAGCUUGGACUUUGUGUAACGGGCCAGGUGGUGAAUACGGUAGGCUCUGCGGGCCAUAAAGUCGCCGCCGUGACCACUCAGCUGUGGGCGGUAGCGGCGAAUGAGGUGAAGGUGCGGCCGCGGUCGUGUCCCAGUAAAACUUUAUGGGCACUGACGCUGGAUCUUGUGAUUUUCACGUGUCAUCAAGUAUCAUUCUUUUGAUUUGUUUCAGCCGUUAAAUAGCGUAAAAACCGUUCUUGGCUCGUGGGGCCCGCAGAAACAGGCAGAGGCCCGAGGCAGCGUCCGUCCGCCCUGCCGUGGACGGAGGCGGGGGGUCGGGAGAGGGUGUGUCCCCACGCAGGUCACUGAACGAAGCGUCCCCGGGGAGUGGGCGCCCGGCAGGCCAGCACGGCUGCUCUCCCCAGGUCUUCGGAGGAGCCGCUCCGCCGCGCCUACCACCUGCUCAUGGCCCAGCUGAGCCGAGAGCACGCCGAGGUCCGCCUCUCCGCCUUCCAGGUCAUAGAUCAGCUCUUCGCCCGGUCUCAUCGGUUCCGGGUGCUGGUCGUCUCCAACUUCCAGGAGUUUCUGGAGCUCACCCUGGGCACCGACCACGAGCAGCCCCUGCCGCCCCCCAGGGAGGCGGCCCAGAGGCUGAGGCAGGCGGCCGCCAGGGCUGUCCAAGGAUGGCACGGGAAGUACGGCGCCGCCUACAAGAAGCUCGCCUUGGGCUACCACUUCCUGAGACACAGCAAACAGGUGGAUUUUGAGGAUGUGAGCGCACGGACUCUGGCAGAAAGAAAGCGGGAGGAGGAGAAGCAGAAACGCUUGGACAGAAUCUACAGGGAGAGGUGUGAGCGGGCCGUCAGGGACAUGGAGGAAACGUCUGAGGAGAUCCGGUGCUGCCUCACGGAGGUGGAGAGCUGCUUCAGGCUGCUGGUGCCGCUGGACUUGGCCGAGGGCCCGGGAGCCGCCUUGCCCACCGUGGCCUUCGGUGCGUCUGAGGGGGGCGCCCCUUGCCUGGCCGGUGCCGUGAGGCCUGGGGACGAGGAGCCCUGUUGCAGCAAGAGCCUGCUCGCCUGUGCCCGCCCUCCGUCUCCCCCUCCCUGGACCGCAGGGGACUCAGGGGAGGAGGACGAGGAGGACGAGGACCGGCACGAGGACAGCGACGGUGACGACGAAGGGUUUGUGCGGCGCCACGGACUGGGCUCCCACAAGUACACGCUAGAUGUGGAGCUCUCCUCAGAUGGCCUGAGGGUGCACGAGGACGAGGACAACCACGCCGUCAUCCAGUCUGCCCGGGACGCGCUCAAGCUUAUCCGAAACAAGUUCCUGCCGGCCGUGCGCUCCUGGGUACAGCUGUUCACCCGUGCGGGGACUCGUGGCGGGCACUUGGAAGCCGCCAUCAACCUGAAGGCGGAACUGGAAACUGCCCUGAGGAGAUCUGCGGAGCUGGACAUCGAACCUGCGGAGGGGCGCAGGGGGGAGACGGGCCCAGCGGUCGGGGACGAGGACGAGGACGACGACUUCAUAGAGGUCCCAGAGAAGGAGGGCUACGAGGCUUGCGUCCCCGAGCACCUGCAGCCCGAGUGUGGGCUGGAGAGGGACCCGGCGGCACGGGGCUCGCGGGCCCGGAAGAGGAUGAGGAGGGAUGAGGAGGCGCAGGACCCCACCUGUGCUGCCGCCCAGCUGCACGCACUGCACGGACGCUUGCCCCCGCCCCCGAGCCCCAGGUGACCCCCGGGUGCCCCGCCUCGCGGGCCGUUGUCCUCGAGCUGCCGAGGCCCCUUUGGCCCCUGGGAGGCGGUCCCCGGCCUACGCCCGGGCCAGGGGUCAUGAGGCGUACAGGGGCCCGCGGAGGGCCGUACCGUAGCCACCUUGAGGCCGUGGGGCGUUCAGCUCCCUGCGCAGCUCCCCGGGGACGGCUGGGGCCCGAUGCUGGGCUUCCCGCGGGCCCAGGUGUCCGCCCGGGAGCCCGGGCCCGAGUGUGCUGACGUGGGGGCCCGUGUCUGUGCCCGGGGAGAGUGGAGGACACGAGGGAGAG